CUAUAGUUGGAUCCGAAACAGCCUGCAGCAUGAAGCCGAGGAAAGCAUCGCUCAUGGCGCCGAUCGCGACCGCCCGCCGGCGCCGGUCGUCGGUCGCCCGCGCGACGCCGCUCCUGCCCGUCAACGUGCUGCACGAAGCGCUUCUCGAGCCCGAAGACAUAGCCAUUGACGCGCUCGAUACGCUCUUGAACGGCCUCAUACGCUCGAUGGAGGAAAACGCGCUGCGCAAAGCCACGCUCGCGUACACGGCGUGUGUCGCCACGAGCUGCGUCAUGGGCAUGUUAGGCAUGAUGAUGCUGCCACACACCAAGACACCGGAGUCGGUCGACGACGCAGCCGAGCACGUGGCACCGACGCCGGCGCCCAUCGACAUUUGGUCCAAGGCCACGGUGCCGUCCAAGCGCAAGCCGCUCGGGCGGUCCAAUACGCACCGCGGAACCACCGUUGGCGGCGCGUCGCCCACACGCGAGAGCCAAAAGUCGAUCUCGCCCAAGCGCAGUCCGAAUAAGACCGCGCCGCAUCAAGCAAGUCCGGCGCUGACGCUGCCCGAGACGACGACAACCUCCGACGUGGAUGUAGCGAUUGCCGUGCAGUUUGCAGCGUCGUACGUCGACGUGGUGCCCAUCACGCUCGAGGAGCUCGCGCGGCGUGAGACCAUUGAACGCAUCUUGGCUGCGGACGCCGACCGCGUCAAGCGCAUCGAGGUCGACGAGGCGCGCGCCCGCGCGACCGCAACGCUCGUGACCGAUCCGGACGAGCUCGAGAAGCAGCUGCCGCGCCCACCGGACGAACCGAUCGAGUCCGAGGUCGUGCUCGUUGAUGAAAAAGAGCUGCUUGUCGGCGAGAAUUCGCUGCUCGUAUCGCGCCGGUCCAAGAAGGAUCUGCUCCGGCGGUUGCCGCCGCCGCGCCUCGAGCCGCAGAUCGUCGUUCCUUCCGGCGACUCGGCGCGGGGGCAGAGCCCUAGUACGUCUCGCAACGCACGUGGUGCGUCGCGUGGCACAUCGCGGGCAUCGGUGCGGCCAAAGCUGACGCUCAAGCCCAAGACGCCGCUCUCGCGCCUCACGCCCUUGAACUUCUCGACGCCGGCCGACAACGCCAAGCUCUUUAUCCGCUACGAGGCGCUCAACGGCGGCCCGGUCUUUGACGAUGCGUCGAGCCCUGUCUCGCGCGGCGUCGUCAUCCGGCACAAAGGAUUCGAAAAGCGGGGAGCGGAUUGGAAGGCGAGCGACACGAGUGAUGCCUUGUCCCGGGUACGUCUUCACGAUGCGAGACGCUUUUGUGCAAGCUGCAGAGUAGACCGAGUCAGAGCCAACGCUGCGACCGUCUCGGAAAAAACGGCCGUCGCGCGCCGACCUCGUCGAGGCCAAUGUUCUCCGCGUUGCGCCGGCGACGCCACCGGUGGCAUCCAACCCCCCGGUGCUACCACAGCCCGUACACCACGUACGUACCUUGGCUUUGAGAACGAUGCAGCAGGCUUCGAUGCGCUAGCACGACGAGGUCAAGUCGCUCACGAUGCGCAUUCGAACGCCGGCGUGUCGGUCCCGCCGGUCCCGCCGCGUGGUCGACGUCAACGACCGCGACGAUGCCAUGAUCUUUGAGCCGCAAAAGGUCGUGCUGCGGCAGCUCAAGCUGCCCCACAUCCACGACCGGGAGGCGUCGUCGUCCAUCUCAGUCCAGAACAAAUCGCUGCCGCUGCCGCUCCUCGCAGGUCGGUCGGGGACACCGCCGCAAGGACGGUGACGGCACUCGAUGGUUGGUAUUAUUUAAGCCGGAAGAAAGCCUUCACUAGACA